GUGACCGCCGCGCUGGUCGUGGUUUUCGCUGUAGGUCCAUAUCAUACACCUCGCUCUGGGCUGGGCUAGGGAGUCCCUGAACGCACGCGUUCUGUUCCAAAUACUUUUCUUGCCUUUCUCUCUCGCGACGAGCGGAGACUUGUCGCAGAAGUUCUGCCUCAGGUUUCCAGUGUCUCUCAUCCGUGAUCAAGAGUCUGAAAUCUCUCAAUUGUUUUGUUGUGCAUCCUUGCCUCUUCAAGCGGCGCUUGUAUGCCGUUGCGACAUUCCGCCAACCAUCCGCCUUUGCUACCCCUUGUACGCCUUCCACGUCUUCCACCUCAUAUUUCUUGAGGCAAUCCCUCCAUAUCAGCUCACAUAGCUCGUUGCUGUAUCUUCUAGCCUCACACUGCCAAUAAAUAGCAUCAGGGAGCGUUAUUCGAAGAGCGUCAAGUUCCUCUGGGCUGUAUCGCCGUUGUUCUAUGUCCCAGAGUAAACGGAACGGUUGGUGAUCGUUUUCAGUGCGAAAAAUAGGUUCAGGUGUCUCUUCUAGGUCCUCCAGCAUUUUGACGAGGUCUCCGUGUGCAAGAGAGGGUACGAUGGGGGAUUCGGACAAGUUGGGUGAAUUCAUCGUCCGCUGAAACCAUGUCGCAGUGCAUCGAAAUUAAAUGCGCAUGGGAUUAGAUGUGUCGGUCGAUUAUGUGGUGAUGGUCCAAAGGGUGAUUACAAAGGGAGGUUUUGGUUGCGAAAACUGCGUGGGGAGAAAACUUCGUCACAUGUCCCGAGACGAUCACGUGAACGACGCGGGGCCGUUGAGAUAACAAGUUUUCUGUCUUGAUCACAAUGUAGUCGAGACCACAGCCUCCUCGGCGUGAUUUUGUCGGAUAUUAUCCCAAAAUAUUGUCAUUGCCGUCAACUCAUUCUUAAGGCAUUCUUUAAACUGCGCCUUGUUUAACCGUCUUGGCCGCUUGACCUAAGCUCCUACGGAUAAAGAAAAUCAUCACGACAUGAGUGCGGAGGACAACUUGCUGCAGAGCUCGAGAUCCUUCCCUCAGUGCCGCCUACUACAAUUCACGCUCCAUGGAUUGUGAGAUCCCUCCCCUUUUCCCGCCUGGUCGGUCUGUUCUCCGUUUGAGCAUAACGUCGACUCCCUAUUACACCGCAACCAACCGCCACGGGUCUACCACUUACAUCGGGCUGCGCGAACGAGAACUAGAGAAGAAUGAAUGUCAGACGCAGGGGGAAACGAGAAGAGCCUUUAUAGCCAGCACAAGAUACACCCAUAGAGACAUCUUACCUAAUAACGUCGCGGCAACUGCGGCACAAGCUUCGAUAUUUCUAUCAUGACAAUAUCCAUCGCAGCGCCGCGCCCGAUGACCAGACUAGCCUAGCAAAUCAGCGUGAAUGCAUUAGUGGACAUGGGAGCCAGUACCGCAAACAUGGCCUUUCACCCGCUCAAGGUCAGAAACCUCGAGCCACCGCUCCGGUUGAAAUGAGUUACAAUCCUCUAGAAAGCCACCAGAGGAGAACAUUUUUGAGACCGGCGGACACAACAUUGUAGAUCGAGGAACGUCUCACUCGCUCACUUGUCAGCUGCCGAGCUGAUUGCAGCCCCACUGACCUUUGAAGAACGCUCUGAUACCUAGAUUCCUGGUCGUGGAAGACCUGAUAACGGCCUGGAGAUCACUAACGGACUGGGAAGAAGAGGCCCGUACUGAAGACCACUGUACCGGCCAAUGUUGGCAGCGAAGGCGUCUCACUUCACGGCUGACCAUGCAAACUGCAGGGUCAUUCGAGCCCACUACACUAUCGAACAACAAAAUGACAGGUCCAUUCUUCACCAUCUACUGCCCAUCCGGGGCAUUUGUCUUCAUCACCGUUAUCUGAUGGGCGAAGUCGGGAGAAGCCUAGGGGUCCCGGUCUUCAGAUGCUACCCUCUGAGCAGGCUCUCAUGAUUCUCGAGUACCUCGCUCCCCCGGUUUCCGAGAAGGACAAUGUUUCUGCUUAUCGGAUCAGGUAUGAGACUUAGCGCUAUCAUGCCGGAGAUGGUACCAGAUCGUUGUGGACAAACUAGCGGAGAGGUUGGUCCUCUUCACCUGCGACAAUGCCAUCCACGGUUCCCACAAACUUCGCCGUGUGACCGGGGACCCCCAAAAGUCCUCGCAGGUUCGGGAACUAGUCGUGCGUGACUGUUCCCGCCAUCUGACAAGGAACGGCUAGCAAAAAUUGUCCCGUUUGAAGACGAGCUGAUCCCCUAAAAACCCCAAUAACCGAUGGACAAGAUUAUAAGCAAGCACCCCCACGUCUACGUGAUCCUACUCCGUCCGGCAGCCUCCAACCCUCGAGAACACGCUCAUGGAGCCGUCGAAAAACCGAUUCACGCGGAAAACUACUCCCUCCCCCUACACCUACUGAGACUGAAUCAAUUACUGCGACGCCACAGCAACGCGAGAGCCCUCAAGAUGCUUCCGAAGAUCACGGCACGCGCGCCACCAGCAACUCUCUGACGGAUAAAGAUUUGAUCGAAGAGGUGUUGAAAAUGGUGGAAAAUCCAAAAAUGGCACAAGUUAUGAUUCUUGAGUUGAUGUACAAGCAUCAGUUCAACUAUUCCCUCUUGAAAGAGCUUUUGAGAGAAAAAAACCUGGACGUCAGCUUCUCAAGAGUCACAUACGGUGAAGUCGCUCCUAAGCUGGGCUCGCUGCCGACUCUACAGGGGGAAGAUAUACCCACCUUUGAGAUGUUUCGAGCCCGUUUGCCCAACUCGCUUUUCGAGGAAAUCCUGGACGAUGUUGGAAUUUAUCAAUUGCAAUACGGAUCCCCAAGUCGACACCCCAAUGAGGAAGCUCGGGCGCGGUUUCUCUCGGGCUAUUUCAACCGAAUCGUCGCAGAGUUUUCUGGACUUAUGUUCAAUACCCCGGAGGCAAUGUUAGAGGGUACAAUCGCAACAAAGGGCCACAUUGAAUAUCAAUUUAAGACGUAUCGAGGAGUCACGGUGGUGUUCAUCGAGGUGAAAUUGAAUGUCGGCAACCUGACGGAACGUCUUAAUUGCUAUGCACAGGUGAUAGCAGAGUGUGACGCUUGCGCCUGGAUGAACUCCCAGAAUGGAUUCUACGUGCCCAUUAUGGCUGUGUUGUGCGAUGGACAAUAUUUUUAUUUCUUUAAGUUUGAGGAUCGACAAGAGACAGGUCGUCGAGUUUCGCGGUUCUUCUUGGGCGAGUUUCCAGACGGUCACCGGCGACAAUCGAUCCCUGAGCUAGACCAUGGCGACGACGCUGUGGUCUACUUACACCAAACUCGCCUUCUUUGCGAGAGUCUUUAUUACGUGUUUUUGAGCGGAUACCACGAAGGCCUCAAGGGGUACUGGAAUCAGAGUGUGGAACGAAGGAAGAGCGCACUACGUGAAUCAACUCCGAAGUGGCACAACGCGACCGUUUUGGCCGGCAAAGCUCUCAAGGAAGCCACGCUUGCUUGGUACCUUCGACGUGACGAUCAACUGGAGAAGUCGAAGGCGUCUGCAGACAAAGCGCGUGAAUACUUGGUCCAGAGCGUUGACGAAGUCCCGUGGAAGCGAUCUCGGUUUGUGGCGCCGGAAGAGGCUCUAGACAAUUUAUAAUUAUCUUGGAGAAGCGGGCUAGUUAGUCUUAUUUGCUAUCCCACAAGUGGAAGCGAAAGUGGGUUCUUCGCUCAAAAGGUGAUCGGACACCGUGGGUGUCGGAGCUGGCGCAGAUGGGCCGUUGCUAUGGCCCGACGGUGGAGGGCAACGAAGAUGGAGACAGGCAGGCAGAGGAGACAAGCAGAUUUCCUUUUCGUCGCCAAAAUAGGGUAUUGACCUUUGAGAGUCCUCGUUCUGUCCCGGUUAUUCUCGAUGUUUGAGAGCCUUGAAUAGUUAGCGCGGAAGGCCUGGUCUAUGCCCUCGAUGGUUGGCGGCGGCGUGGGGGAGUACUCCUAGGAAGCGAGGCGAAGCCCCUUUGUCGGGGGUGGGAACUCGGUUCUGGCCAGUCGGCACCAAUUACUUGAUCCCCCUCCUGUCGGACGUGAGCAGCCCGCUAUCUAAUUAGCCUGAUACUAUGAAAGCCCUCUGCACACCUCUAUACUGAAAAAAAU